UCGUUCAGUUAUAUUGUGGCCCUGGACCUGAAAGGAGGCCCAUGGAGCUUGGGGCCACAGGCCACAGGGGACAAGGGCCGGACACCCCAGCCAUGGUUCCAAGCCAUUGAUCCAACCUAAGCUGGCCAGCUGGGGGUGGAGAGACCUUGGCCUGGAUAAACAGAGGCUUCCAGGCCUGUGUGCAGGCCCGGCACCUACCUUCCACUCUUGAAGAUGCCAAGAUGUCUACGGCUCCCCUGUUCUACCAGGAGGCCCACCGCUGAGGUUCCCCAAGCGUCUGAUGGGCAGGGCAAUGGAGGUGAUGGACAGGAAGCUGCCGAGCCAGGGGGGAUGUUCAACACCCCAAAAAACACCAAAAGAAAAAACCGGGACUACCUCCGCUUCACACCGCUGUUGCUGGUCUUGGCUGCCCUGGCCUCAGCAGGAGUCACGCUUUGGUAUUUCCUAGGGUACAAGGCAGAAGCCACCGUUAGCCAGGUGUACACUGGCAGCCUCCGGGUGCUCAACCGCCAUUUCUCCCAGGACCUGGCCCGACGGGAGUCCACUGCUUUCCGCAGUGAAGCUGCCAAAGCCCAGAGGAUGCUCAAAGACCUGGUUGCCAGCACCCACCUGGGCUUAUACUACAACUCCAGUUCCAUAUACUCCUUUGGGGAGGGGUCCCUCAUGUGCUUCUUCUGGUUUAUCCUUGACAUUCCCGAGUACCAGCGGCUGACACUGAGCCCUGAGGUGGUGCGUGGGCUUCUGGCGGGGGAGCUACUGUCCAACAGCUCAACCCUGGCUUCCUAUAAGACGGAAUAUGAGGUGGACCCCGAAAGCCUGGUGAUCCUGGAAGCCAGCGUGAACGACAUAGUUGUACUGAAUUCCACGCUGGGCUGCUACCGUUACAGCUACGUGAAGCCAAACCAGGUCCUCCGGUUAAGGGGGCCCGACCAGCAGUCCACCAGCUGCCUGUGGCACCUGCAGGGGCCUGAGGACCUCAUGCUUAAAGUGAGGCUCGAGUGGACCCGGGUUGACUGCAGAGACAGGGUAGCGAUGUACGACGCGGCUGGGCCCCUGGAGAAGAGACUGAUCACCUCGGUCUACGGGUGCAGCCGCCAGGAACCCGUCAUGGAGGUGCUGGCAUCGGGCUCCGUCAUGGCAGUGGUGUGGAAGAAGGGCAUGCAUAGCUACUAUGACCCCUUCUUGCUCUCUGUGAAGUCUGUGGCCUUCCAAGACUGCCAGGUGAACCUGACGCUGGAGGGCCGGCUGGACCUGCAGGGCUUCCUCCGCACACCCUACUACCCCAGUUACUACUCGCCCAAUACCCACUGCUCCUGGCAUCUCACCGUCCCCUCUCUGGACUACGGCUUGGCACUCUGGUUUGAUGCUUACGCACUGAGGAGGCAGAAGUACAACCUACUGUGUACUCAGGGCCAGUGGAUGAUCCAGAACAGGAGGCUGUGUGGCUUCCGCACCCUGCAGCCGUAUGCCGAGAGGAUCCCCGUGGUGGCCUCGGCUGGCGUCACCAUCAACUUCACCUCCCAGAUCUCCCUUACCGGCCCCGGUGUCCAAGUAUACUACAGUUUGUACAACCAGUCAGACCCCUGCCCUGGAGAGUUCCUCUGUUCCGUGAAUGGCCUGUGCGUCCCUGUCUGUGACGGGAUCAAGGACUGCCCCAAUGGCCUGGAUGAGAGAAACUGUGCUUUCUCCCUUCAUCAUAGGCAAAUAUGCCAGUUAUCUGUCCUGGCCAGUCUUCUGAGAAAUAACCAAAAGGAGUCUGCAGAGCCACAUUCCAGUGCCAAGAGGACAGCACGUGCAUCUCACUGCCCAAAGUCUGUGACCGGCAGCCUGACUGUCUCAACGGCAGCGACGAAGAGCAGUGCCAAGAAGUGUGAGGACCGCAGCUGUGUGAAGAAGCCCAACCCAGAGUGUGACGGGCGGUCGGACUGCAGCGACGGUUCAGAUGAGCAGCACUGCGACUGUGGCCUCCAGGGCCCCUCCAGCCGCAUUGUGGGUGGGGCCGUGUCCUCUGAGGGUGAGUGGCCGUGGCAGGCCAGCCUCCAGAUCCGGGGUCGACACAUCUGUGGGGGGGCUCUCAUCGCUGACCGCUGGGUCAUGACAGCCGCCCACUGCUUCCAUGAGGACAGCAUGGCCUCUCCCAGGCUGUGGACCGUGUUCCUGGGCAAGAUGCGGCAGAACGCACGCUGGCCAGGCGAGGUGUCCUUCAAGGUGAGCCGCCUGUUCCUGCACCCGUACCACGAGGAGGACAGCCACGACUACGACGUGGCCCUGCUGCAGCUGGACCACCCCGUGGUGUACUCUGCCACCGUGCGCCCCGUCUGCCUGCCCGCGCCCUCUCACUUCUUCGAGCCGGGCCAGCGCUGCUGGAUCACAGGCUGGGGAGCCCUGCGUGAGGGUGGUCCCGGCAGCAGCACCCUUCAGAAGGUAGAUGUGGAGCUGGUCCCUCAGGACCUGUGCAGUGAGGCCUAUCGCUACCAGGUGACCCCGCGCAUGCUCUGUGCUGGCUACCGCAAGGGCAAGAAGGAUGCCUGCCAGGGCGACUCUGGAGGUCCACUGGUUUGCAGGGAGCCCAGUGGCCGCUGGUUCCUGGCAGGGUUGGUUAGCUGGGGCCUGGGCUGCGGCCGACCUAACUUCUUUGGCGUAUACACUCGUGUCACACAUGUGAUCAACUGGAUCCGGCAGGUGCUGACCUGAGGGGCUGUUCUACAGGGCUGGACACGCUUCCGGCCCAAGCUCCUGUCCAGCCAGGGCACAAGUAUUUUGUAGCAAGUGACCCUGCUGAGGUCUGUUCCCCCCAAGGCCUACCCCGGUGACAGCACAGAGAAGGAAUCUCAGCUGCCGGCUAGGAUGUCUCCUGAGAUUCAGGGGCCAGCCUCGUCAUGACUUCACCUCCAACCCUUUCUCAUUUUGGUCAUUUCCUCUCUCCCCCUCCUGCCAGUGUCUUGAGUGAGGUCUGGGGGCCAUGAUGCUGGCUCCCAGGUCUCAGCAGGAAAGUAAGAUUCCUUCCCCUUGCAAAAGCCUCUUGGGGAGGGGCUCGGAGAAUACAUUCCAGGUCGGGAGCUCCAACCCCGCCUCCGUGUACCUGGACAAAAGGUGCCUCCAUCAAGGGGAACCCUCAGAGCCCUUGAGACUGCCAAGUGGGCCACACCGUCAGCCAAACCAUGAGGCAGCCCCAGGGGCAGGUGUGUGCUGCAGCUCUGCCUGCUGCAGGGCCCUCCCCGCCAUUCACUGGAGGCCCACCGCCUGUUCUGAAAAUAAACCGCUUCACCAA